GGGCAUUGGCCGCCAUGGAGGCUGCAGACGCUGCUGAUCUUGCAGCUGCACCUGCUGCCGAAGCAGCUCAUCCUGCCGGCUCCUGCUGCCGAAGCAGCCCACCCUGCUGCAGCAGCCCCUGCUGUGGCAGAAGCUGCCCAUGCUGCCAAAGCACCUGUUGGUCCUCCUGAUGGCGCGCCAUUGAUUGAGGACUACAAUGAGGCGGAGCAUGGAGAUGAUGCAGAUGAGCUGGUGGUGGAAGGGAGAUUGGUGCACCAAUCUGAAAUUGGCUUUGUCCCUGCAGCCCAAGCUGCCCAAUCUGCUACUCUCCAGCGCCAGCGAAUGGAUAUCGCAGAGAGCGUGAGGCAAGCUGUUGGCAGCACCUUUGGCUUGCGAAUGGAAGGUCUGCUGCUGGGCCAGGAAGAAAUCAAGCACCAUGCUGUGGCUGGCACCCAUGCCCCUGCAAUUUUCAAUGAAGUCUACGACACGUCCAAAGAUUUCUCAUGGGCAAUGUUCGGAUUUAACACCAUGGUGUUGAGUUUCUUCCCUGGUGCUGACAAGAACACUAUGUCCAUGCCCGUCG